UUCACAGUGCAAGUCAAACCAGUCAAGUUUCUCCACCUUUGUCGUUAAAGUAUCAUCGUCUGGCUCUCCGUUUCAUCCAUCCACGGAGUGAGAUACCUGUGUAAUUCUCAGCCGUUUCGGAAUAACGCCAGCACCGCAAUUAUCAUUAAUUCCUAGUGAUAAGGUUCGGGAAAGAAAAAUCAAUCUGUGAUUGUGUCUCGGUGGUCCCACCGACUCGCACACUAGCGAGGACUCUUGGACUCUUGGCUGAAUAACAACAGACUGUCACAAUGGUAGACUAUUACAAAGUUCUUGAAAUCACCCGGGUGGCGACAAUGGCAGACAUCAAGAAGGCUUAUCGAAAAUUAGCGCUGAAGUGGCAUCCGGAUAAAAAUCCAGAUAAUCUCGACGAAUCAACGAAGAAAUUCAAAGAGAUCUCGGAGGCGUAUGAAGUAUUGAUUGACGAGAAGAAGAGACGAAUUUACGAUCAGUACGGCAAAGAGGGUCUUCAAAUUCCUGGAAACAAACGCAGACACGAGGACGAAGAUUUGAAUCAGUUGCAUAACUGGUUUGUGUUCAGAGACCCUGAGGAUGUCUUCAGAGAAUUCUUCCACGGUUCACCUUUCAAUGAUUUGUUCGAUGUUAUGAAUGGAGGUAAUGGACACAGAGGAUUACACAGGCAUAGCUCCAGGCAUAACACAUUGGGCUCACCAUUUGGCACACUUGAUCUCAGUCUAUCAUCGCCUUUUGGAUUUUUUGGUAAUGCAAUGAAUCUCAAUUUUUCUUCGGUCAGCAGUGUGAGGACAGGCUCGUCACCCAGUUCCGGAGCUACCAAGAAGACAAGCACAUCUACUAGAUUCAUUAAUGGAAAGAAAAUAACAACUCACAAGGUCGUCGAGGGUGGCAAAGAAACUAUAACCUUCUAUGAAAACGACGUAAUAAAAUCAAGGACAGUCAACGGAGUUCCCCAAUCAAUUACGUUGAAUGAGGCAUCGACGAGUCGUCAAGUCGGUGACAAAAUCAACGAUACAUCGUCAACUGGUAGCCAUGGUGGUCAUUCUAGAGACAGUACGAAACAUUUACAUACGGAUAAAUCACGGCUAAAAUCCCAUCACCAUCAUCCACAUACGAAGCACGAAAAAACUAAAAGAAAGUGAAUAAUGAAAGAGUGUGAGAGAGCGAGAGAAAAAACAGCAAAAAACAUGCUUCAUUUUUAAUCACUACUUCCGUUUUAUAUUUUCGCUGUAUGUGACCCUUGCCCCCCCCCCCUCGUCGACGAUUUGCAUUAUUCAAUCCAGAUUUCACCGCUUGAAAAAACGAAAUGAAAAAAAAAACACUCUGGCUUAGUGCGGUAAUAGCUGUGAAUUCAUUUUGAAAAUAAAUUUUAGAAGUACGAGACAUUAACGAUAAAUGUCUGUUACAAGGAGACUCAUUAUUCAUCUCUGCUAUGCAAUCUUAGAUGUUUGUACUCACAACCGUAGAUUAUUAAGGACAUCUUUUAUCGUCAUUAGUAUCACCUGCGUUAAUUGAUUAAAUGUAUGGGUAGAGUACAGUCUAGUUGACAGUUGUGGCGUUCUCACUGCGAUGACUGGCUGAUUUUCGAUAAUUUUUUUUCAUCUCUGGUGUCGAUUACGAUUAAUUGAAUCAAGUUGAAGUACAUCAACGCCGUCAUGCGGACUAGGAAAAUUGAUUUCUUCUAUGAUUUAUGAUAUAUGUGUAUAUAAUGAUAAGAGCUAGACAUUAAGAUUAAAAAAAUACAACUCUCAUUAUUCAAGGAA